AUGGCGGGUCGCGGCAAACUGAUCGCAGUGAUCGGCGACGAAGACACUUGCACCGGCUUCUUGCUCGGCGGCAUCGGCGAGCUCAACAAGAACCGCAAACCCAAUUUCUUGGUCGUGGAGAAGGACACGAGCAUCACGGAGAUCGAGGAGACCUUCAAGAGCUUUCUGUCCCGCAACGACAUCGGCAUCAUCCUCAUUAACCAGUUCAUCGCCGAGAUGAUCCGCCACGCCAUCGACGCGCACGUGCAGUCCAUCCCGGCCGUACUGGAGAUCCCGUCCAAGGAACAUCCCUACGACGCGUCUAAGGAUUCCAUUCUGCGGCGCGCCAAGGGCAUGUUUUCGGCCGACGACUUCCGAUAG